AUGUACGCCUCCACUAUCUUUUACGCACUCGUCACUCUUGGCGGCGUCAUGGCAUCUCCGGCUCAAGAGCCCGGGGUUGAACCUCGAGCCAUUGAGCGUCGCGUGCCUACUAUGGCAGAUAUCCCGUUUCCGCGAUUCCCAACCCGCAACUAUAACCACAAUGAUGGCGGCAAAGGUGGCAAAGGUGGGAAAGAUCAUGGUGGGAAAGAUCAUGGUGGCAAGGACCAUGAUGGCAAAGGCUGCAGCAGUGACACAAAUACCCAGAUAAAUGCCUGCUCUGGAGGUAAUCCAUACUGCUGCAGCAGCAAUGGCAAGGGUGGCCACGCAUGUAAGAACACCACCGCAUGCGAAGAGACAAUCAUUUGCUGCAACAAUAAUAACGGCUUCCAAAUCUGCAUUGGUGAUAUUGAUUUCAACGUGCCAAUUACUAUCAACAUCUAUGAGGAUGACGAUUAA